AAUAUAAGUAAAAGUUUCUUAAAAGUUGAUAUUCUCCAAUAGAAUAUAUUUAUCAAGCGAUACACCCGCAUCGACAGACUAGGCAUCGCUGGUGUCGACACAGUACUGCAGACACACCAGCGAGACACUAGACACUUGACACUUGACACGGUCUUCUAGCCGGAACGGGAUUUGUCGUGAUUUCUCCACAUAUAUAGCAAGAGUAGGUACCCGAAAAAAUACAUAAUGUAGAGUAGGCGUCACAUGUGAUGGUGUCGAUGUGUGUCUCGUGUGUGUGUAUGUGUGUGGUGUGUGUGUGUGGUCGCGGGCGUGUGUGCGCAGGGCGGGGCUGAGGGCGGGACCGCGCCGGCCGCGCCACUCGCACUCGCACUCGCCUCGCACCGGUCUCGGAGCGAACCGGGUCGACAGCGGAGUACCGCGCUCGUCGCUCAGCUCACUCCGCGCUCGCGAGCCGUCCGCGUAACACGUCCGCGUCACUCUGUCCCGGGACACCACACACCACACCGAGAGACAGACCGACCGACCGCCCGCCGCGGCCAGCCGACCGUCUACCGCCGUCGAGUGCUCUGUGCAGUGAUUGCGAACUUUAACGUUUUGAGUGAUGACAACGAGCUCCAGAGACUUCUGAGAGAAAGGGUCGGCGUGCAGGGCGGCGCGACAACGCGCACGCGCCCGCGGCCACGAGUCGCCGCGACCCGCACACGCGUCCAGACCGGCCAGUGGCCAGCGGCCACCCUCAAGACAACCAUGGACGACAAGCAGCCCGCCGGCGAGGAGCACUACAGUCUGCGCUGGAACAACCACCAGGCACAUCUGCUCCGCUCCUUCGAGGCACUGCUGCACGCUGAAACACUGGUCGACGUCACUCUCGUGUGCGCCGAGAGGAGAGUGCGCGCCCACAAGGUGCUGUUAGGAGCGUGCAGCCCGCUCUUCAGGAGGAUAUUUAGCGAGAACCCGUGCAAACACCCGGUGAUCGUGCUCAAAGACUUUCAAGGAUGGGAGGUGCAAGCGGUUGUAGACUUCAUGUACCGCGGAGAGGUUUCCGUAGCGCAGGAGCAGCUGGAGACGGUAAUUCGCGCGGGAGAGUCGCUGCAGGUCCGCGGUCUGGCCGACCAGGAGGCUGCCGAGUGCGGGGAGUCGGAGAGGUCGCCGGUCGGAAGCCCUCCAACUGGGACAGCGGCCGCAUCACCGCCCGCAAGCCCGCAUAGCCCUCAACCUCGCCGCAAGCAGGCCCGCCCGAGAAGACGCUCCGGGGAGUCUGACACGCCGGAGAACCUGUCCAUGAGACGAUCACCGGGCGGCCUUAAGGCGGUGCGACUCGCCCGUGGCAGGUCUCCACACAAGCAGGAGCCCGAGGAGCCGGAGACGGAGGCCCCGCCGCCGCCACGUAUGUUCCAGCCGCACCAAGACAUGUUCCCUCCGGUGCCGCCGCCCGCUGUAUCAGCCCUGUCUCUCACACCACCUCACAUGUUCGGCAUGGAGUCCCCCCUUGGCCUGUUCCCCCCGGGCCUGGAACACAAGAUGUACCCCCUCAUGGACGUGGAACAUCGCGCACCACCUCUCGAUGCUCAACUCUUCACCAACGUCAAGAAGAAAUGGCGACCUAAGGGCCAGCACAGCGCCCCGCGCGGAGGACCGCCCCGCUCUUGGACAAACGCUGAGCUUACGGAAGCCCUGCAACACGUGUGGAACAAGAAGAUGACUACGAGCCAAGCGUCAAGGAUAUUCGGCAUCCCAUACAACUCGCUGCUGAUGUACGUGAGGGGUAAAUACGGGAAGAGCCUCAAGUUGGAGCAGUUACGGAAGGAUUGUAUCGGAGGACCUCUUGAAGUACUGAACCUGAACUCAGGAAACAACAACAACAAUCAUCCGAGCAAGCAUCACGACAAGGACGAACAGCACAGUGCGAGCCAGCGGCCGGCCAGCUCGGAGCCCGACAUCCCCGGCAUGUUCAAUCCCUUCCAACAGGGGUUCUACCCAGUUCCCCCCGGUUUUCCCAUGCCGCUGAACAUGUUGCAUUUACUGCCUCCCAGCGAGAAGGCGCGCGAGUUGUACCAGUCGAUGCCAAUGGCUUUGGACUCGCUUUCCGCUGCCAAAGAGGAGGACUGUAAGAGCGAUCGCUCUAAGGAGAACUCAGCAGACGAGGAGAGUGACUCAUUUAGGACGCACGCGCCCCUCCCACCACAUCCAGCGCCACCUCUGCUGCAUCAUAACGGACAGGACUAGAGUCGCCCCUACUCCAACAAUAUCCCUAACGAGUCGAUGCCUGGCCCCUAUUACAAUCCUGGCCCCUAAUAUUUUAAACCUUAAACACCGUACCUUUUAAAUAUCACGAUCUCGUCGUCCUGUUCUUUGUUCGGGAGGUCGUGUUUCUAUAAUCUAUGGACACCAUCGCUAGGUACGCUAUAAGCAACGGUGAAACUGGAGUUUUGUUAGUGUAUCCCUGAGACGUUUAUUGUGAUUGUAUAUUAUUUACUUAAAUUAUAUCGUGCAAUAUCUAAUAGAGGAUGUUUUUAAACCUAGAUAUAUGGAGUAUACUGAAAGAAUUUCAGUUUCGCUAGAUCUAAUCAAAGUCAGGUUAACACGGCUCAGGUGGAGCGUCCGCGUAUAUAAUUAGUUAAAUUUAUUAUAAAAAUAAAGAUGUGGUUAUAUUGUAAAUGUAUAUCUAAAGUCUCAUAAGUGAUAGGCGAUAAUUUAUUAUUCCGAAGGAGUGCAAUAAGUAUGAAAGGUGUGUUGUGAUUGUUAUCGAUGAGGCGAUGUGUUCUUUGUUACAUUCCAUUCUGACAUUCCAUAUUUGAAUUGAGUUUAUUUUUUAAUUAUAAUUCAUAUCGCUAUAAUCUACGGUUUUCAUGUUUAAAGUCUAUGUCUGAACGAAUACUUGUCUAUGUCCUGUGUUGAUUCCGUUGUAGAUAUUAUUUUAUUACACGUACGUUGACUUCCGCAUUUCACCAAAGUUUGUAAAAUAUUUCGUAAUUAUAGUUUUAUUCGUAUUAACAAUUUUUAAAUGUAAAUAGUUAUUAUAUAAAUUAAUGGUAUAUAAAUUUUAAUUACCCAUUAAUUAAGGGGACACACGUGUCUAAAAUGGUAAAUAGUAGUGUAUUUGUAAUUGUUGUAGAAUUAGUGAGGUGAAUUCAGUGAACUGUUCGAUUAUCGAUAGUCGAGUCGAUGACGUCGUCAUAGGAAGGUCCGCGACGCACUAGUCACGCCCACACAAGGUAUCCAGGCCAACUGAUCAUGAUAUAUUAAAUUUAUUUAAUACCAAAAAAUUUACGUCACACCAACGACAGUCGCAAGACAGUCUUAAGAGGGUCGCAAUCUUAUAAGACAUAAAUAAAACACAUCACGGAGUUCGUGAGCCUGAGCCCGCAAUCAUUCGGGUGGUCCAUUACAUCGUGACGUAAGCAAUUUUGUGAUUACAGAUUAAAAAAAACAAAGAUUCUAUUACCAAUGAAGACAGUGCGCGCCAGGUUAGACAAAUAAUGUAUCUGCACUCAAUGUUCAAAUAAAAAGGAGCUUUCAAGAUUUUAGUGAAUAAUGAAAGUUAGUGUAAAUCAAGUCGACACUACCUGGCUUAGGUAAUUAAUUGUAUACAAUGAUUUCUUAUUGAAUUAGAGAUGCCACGUGACUAUAAAGGACAAGUCGUAAACUUUACCUGUGUACAUACGAUUUAGUUAUACAAAAAAUUUAUAGCUGAGGGGAGGUAUGAUGUUUUCCUUGAGCAUUAUUAAAUUUAUGAUAAAUUGUUUUGUAGAAUAUUUCCUCAUCUGUACCACAUCACCGCGGUCUCCGCACACAGAACAUUCUAAUUAAUUAAAUCACAUUGAAUAUAAUUAAACGAUCCGAUACACAUUAAAAUCUGCAUAAUUCUGAAGACUGAAAACUAUUUUCGACUCUCUUUUGUAUAAAUAAUGAUCACAAUAACUCCGAAUAACAGAACGAAAGCUGUAGUACACAAUAGAGUCACGUCAUUUUACAAUAUAUCAUUACAGGGAUUUUUAAAUAUAACGAAUUGUAUAAUUGUCAUAAUAUGUACCUAUAGUUUAACAGAUUGUAUAAUUACUGCUCUUUCCUGUGUUUUCUUUCCGCUUCUAUUGUUAAAACUGAAAGUCGAUUUCAAUAUUAAAUUAAACCACUUUCUCAUCUCUAUGGGCGUAUAAUAAAGUUUUAAUGUAGCUAAAUAUUUUUUUUUUAUAUGGAAAUUAAUGGAGACGGCUGUAUUAAUUAAAAGUACAUUCAAUAUCGUUUCAAUUUAGUAUAAUAUAUUAAAUGCAUGUGCCAAAAAAUUAAAUUAUAAUAUCAGCAGUCGUUCUCAAUUCACUUUCUUUCCGUAACUGUUUUUUUUUUAUCUGUCAAAGUAGUUUUAUGUUGUAUAGUGACUUGUGAUCGCAAAUUUCGACGUCAUUUAUAAACUUUACCUAAUUCGUACAAAUCCAGCAGUAUUAGAGUGAUUUUGUUAAAGUUUUAAUCGAAACGUUUUUAAUUAAGUUUGUUAUUUGUUAAUGUGUGUGACGGAGGAUAUAGUGACUAUUAUAACAUAUUUUAAUUAUUUUUCUAUAAGCAAUAGGAAUCUCAUAGAACAUAGUUUACGUUGUAGAUGAGAUUUAUAAUUGUUUUGGUUGUACAGAUCUAUAAUGUUGCCUUUUCUUUACAUUUCCUAUAAACACAUUUGUUAUAUUUACUUAAUGGUUUUUCAAAGUUGAUGUUUUAAUUUUGUGUAUUUCAAACAAUUAUCACCAAGAGCCAAAUCUAAGGACGUAAAUUUAAUAGGGACAUAAAUAUAAGAAUUUAUGUAUGUUUUAGUUUAAAAAAAUGUGAUUGUAUUAAUUUAGUAGAAAUCAAAUAUUUUAGUUCCUUCAUUUUUGUUACGAGUAUUUAUAAAAAAUAAUAAUAUUAUUAUUUUUAGCUUAGAAUAAUUGUUCUCCCGGUAAAGAUAUAAUUAUAAGUUGUGUAUUUUCAUUUGUUGUAUUUGCCUAAUAUAAUUACAAAAUAAAUUAAAUGAUAUCGUUACAUUAGGAUGUAAAAAAGAUUAUCUAUUUGAUCUUAAAAAUAAAUACGAAAAAAAUAUUUAUGUUCUAGUACCAUUUUAACGUGUAAUUGAAACGAUGGAGCGAUGUAGUAAAAUUCGUUUACGGUCACCGACGUAAAAUGUAAAAAUAAAAAUAUGAAAUACC